CUGGCAGCACUGCUGGGCUGCACUGGUGGGUGGGCACAGGUGGGUGGCACUGGUGGGCACAGGUGGGUGGGCACAGGUGGGUGGCACUGCUGGGCACAGGUAGGUGGUACUUCUGGGCACAGGUGUGUGACACUGCAGAGUGGCACAGGUGGGUGCACUGCUGGGCACAGGUGGGCGGAGCUAGUGGGCGCACUGCUGGGCACAGGUGGGCGGAACUUGCGGGUGGCACUGCUGGGCACCGAUCAUCAGGGCACUGAUCAUCACGUGUCAUUGGACACCGCUGAUCACGUGGUAAAAGGCUGCUGU